AUACAAUCUCUAUUUCUUCUUCAAGAUAAGAUCAUAAAAAACCAGAAGAAAAAAAAGACACCAUCUUUACCACCCGAAUUCAAAAUCCACAUUCCCUUUCUUCUUCUUCCUCCUCUUCCUUGGAGAAUUCCCAUCUCGACAACUAUGUCUUGCUCCAAUCUGACAAUGUGGGUUUCUUCGAAACCUUCUUUAUCCGAUGCUUCUUCCCUCUCCUUCCGUGCAUCCCUUAACCCCUUUUUCCACCCUCCUUCUCAGAACCCAUCUCCUUCGCGAUCCUCUGCGACGCAAAUCCAGUGUGGUCUCCGUGAGCUCAGAGAUCGAAUUGAUUCUGUGAAGAACACCCAGAAAAUCACAGAGGCCAUGAAGCUCGUCGCCGCCGCGAAAGUCAGAAGAGCUCAAGAAGCUGUCGUUAAUGGCAGACCUUUCUCUGAGACCCUUGUCGAAGUCCUUUACAAUAUCAACGAGCAGCUUCAAACCGAAGAUGUUGAUGUUCCUCUGACAAAAGUUCGACCUGUUAAGAAGGUGGCUUUGGUUGUUUGUACUGGAGAUCGAGGUCUCUGUGGGGGUUUCAAUAACCAAAUCCUUAAAAAGGCUGAAGCAAGAAUCGCAGAAUUGAAGGGUCUGGGUGUUGAUUAUACUGUCAUUAGCGUUGGGAAAAAGGGUAAUUCGUAUUUUAUUCGUAGGCCUUAUAUCCCAGUGGAUAGAUUUCUCGAACAAGGAACUCUGCCAACUGCAAAAGAAGCUCAAGCCAUUGCUGAUGACGUUUUCUCUUUAUUUGUGAGUGAAGAGGUUGACAAGGUUGAGUUAUUAUACACAAAGUUUGUGUCUUUAGUGAAAUCCGAUCCUGUGAUUCAUACUCUACUUCCUCUGUCACCAAGAGGAGAGAUCUGUGAUGUGAAUGGUAACUGUGUGGAUGCUGCUGAGGACGAGUUCUUUAGGUUGACUACAAAGGAAGGGAAGUUGACUGUUGAGAGAGAUGUUUUGAGGACCAAGACAGACGAUUUCUCUCCCAUUUUGCAGUUUGAGCAGGACCCAGUUCAGAUUCUUGAUGCCUUAUUGCCUCUGUACUUGAAUUCUCAGAUUCUUAGAGCACUGCAGGAGUCAUUAGCCAGUGAGCUAGCUGCUAGAAUGAGUGCUAUGAGCAAUGCUACUGAUAACGCCGUGGAAUUGAAGAGGAACUUGUCAAGGGUAUACAACAGGCAACGUCAAGCCAAGAUCACAGGUGAAAUUCUGGAAAUUGUUGCUGGUGCCAAUGCCCUAACAUAGAGGAACACAGUGGUGAUAUGAAGCAUCGAUACAUCAGAUUCCACCGUACUACAGAUUUUGUGGUGUUGUAGUGUUCUGUAUUUGUGCAAGUAUCCGUGCUUCUUAAAUGAUGGCUCUUCUGUUCCUAUGUAGGUAUUAUAAUGGUAUUUUUUCAAAUCCAAAUAUGGUUAUUUAAGAACAAUUAUGCAAGAACUUAGACCUUUUCCCCCUCAUUGUUCUUGCUCAUCUGCACAACCUUUUGUGCUUUAAAGGGAACUGCGAUGUAAUAAUCUGAAACUGACUGAGCAUUCCAACAUUCUCUGUACGCUAAAUUCUUCUUCUCUCUCUGCUAUAUAUGUAAUAACAGUGCAUUUUAGACAUUCCUCAUAAGGUACCCAUCA